AUGUGGAAGCUGAAGAUUGCGGAAGGAGGACCCUGGCUGAGAACACUAGACAAUCACGUGGGUCGACAACACUGGGAGUUUGAUCCAGAUGAAGGAACACCAGAAGAGCGAGCACAAGUAGAAAGAGUUCGUGAGGAGUUCACAAGAAACCGCUUUCGGAUCAAACAAAGUGCUGAUCUUUUGAUGAGAAUGCAGCUUACAAAAGAUAACCCUAGUGGACCAAUUCCGGCAGCAAUUAGAGUGAAGGGAAUCGAGGAUAUAACAGAAAAGGCAGUGACAGUAACAAUAAGAAGGUCUCUCAGCUUCUUUUCCUCCCUUCAGGCCCAUGAUGGCCAUUGGCCUGCUGAAUCUGCCGGUCCCUUGUUCUUCAUUCAACCUUUGGUUAUAGCGUUGUAUGUCACUGGAGCACUGUGUGCGGUUCUAGGACCUGAACACCAGAAGGAAAUAAUUCGCUACAUCUACAAUCAUCAGAAUGAAGAUGGAGGUUGGGGACUACACAUAGAAGGUCACAGCACCAUGUUCGGGUCAGCGUUAAGCUACAUUGCAUUGAGGCUGCUUGGAGAGGGUCCUGAUGAUGGGGAAGGCAUGGCCGUGGCAAGAGCCAGGAAAUGGAUUCUGGAUCAUGGCGGUGCGGUUGGAAUUCCAUCUUGGGGAAAGUUUUGGCUUACGGUACUUGGCGUAUAUGAGUGGUCAGGGUGCAACCCUUUGCCCCCCGAGUUCUGGCUUCUACCGAACAUCUUUCCUAUUCAUCCAGGGAAGAUGUUAUGCUAUUGUCGGUUGGUGUACAUGCCUAUGUCAUACUUAUAUGGGAAGAGGUUUGUUGGCCAAAUCACCGGAUUGGUUAAAUCAUUGAGACGAGAGCUCUACAAUGAGCCAUACCAUCAAAUUAACUGGUCUAAAGCCAGAAACACUGUUGCAAAGGAAGAUCUGUAUUAUCCACACCCCCUAGUGCAAGAUAUGCUGUGGGGAUUUCUUCACCAUGUUGCUGAACCAGUUCUGGCUCGUUGGCCCUUUUCUAUCCUGAGAGAGAAGGCCCUUAAAGUAGCAAUCGAGCACGUACACUAUGAAGACGAGAACAGCAGAUAUCUUUGCAUUGGUAGUGUCGAAAAGGUGUUAUGUUUGAUAGCUUGUUGGGUCGAAGAUCCAAAUUCGGAAGCAUACAAGCUUCACCUGGCCAGAAUACCAGAUUACUUUUGGGUUGCUGAAGACGGCUUGAAAUUUCAGAGUUUCGGUAGUCAAAUGUGGGACGCUGCCUUUUCCAUUCAAGCAAUACUCUCUUGUGACCUAAAUGAAGAGUAUGGGGCUACACUUCGAAAAGCGCACGACUUUGUGAAGGCUUCACAGAUUCGAGAAAACCCUGGUGGCGACUACGCAGCAAUGUACCGACACAUAUCUAAAGGUGCAUGGACAUUCUCAAUACAGGACCAUGGUUGGCAAGUCUCCGACUGCACUUCAGAAGGACUAAAGGUGGCACUCUUGCUCUCACAAAUGCCAGAGAAACUAGUUGGAGAAGGAAUGGAAGCAGAUUGUUUUUAUGACGCUGUGAAUGUCAUUCUUUCUUUACAAAGCAUCAGUGGUGGUUUCCCUGCUUGGGAGCCUCAAAGAGCAUUCAGUUGGUUGGAGAAAUUCAACCCCACAGAGUUCUUCGAAGAUACUCUUAUUGAAAGAGAGUACGUAGAAUGCACUUCAUCAGCAGUUCAAGGUCUAGCACUCUUUAGAAGAUUUUAUCCCAACCACCGAAGACAAGAAAUAGACAGUUGCAUAUCAAAAGCAAUUAGUUACAUCGAAGAAGCACAAAACCCUGAUGGUUCAUGGUACGGAUGCUGGGGUAUUUGCUACACAUAUGGUACCUGGUUUGGUGUAGGGGCAUUAGCAGUCUGUGGGAAAAACUACCAGAAUAGUCUCAUAUUGCGCAAAGCCUGUGCAUUUUUGCUAUCCAAGCAGCUACCCAAUGGUGGAUGGGGGGAGAGUUACCUUUCCAGUCAAAAUAAGGUUUAUACAAAUCUAGAAGGCAACCGCGCUAAUCUGGUGCACACUGCUUGGGCUUUAUUGUCCCUCAUGGAUGCCGGGCAGGGUGAUGUAGAUCCAACUCCCAUUCAUCGUGGAAUAAUGGUGCUGAUCAAUUCGCAAAUGGAGGAUGGUGACUUCCCUCAACAGAGGGAAGAGAGGUGCCGAAGCAGCAAGCAACCUAUUGCCAAACAUGCUGAGCAAAUGUACAAAAAUGAUGAGUUGAGUCCUCCACGCAUCCCAAAGAACAAAGAAGACAUUUAUUUGAAGCUGAAGGGGUCACAAAAAUGCCACCAUGAUUGA